UAGGAAAAUCUUCUCUGAGACAAUUGAUAUUGACACAUUACAAAAGACGGUCCCGAGAGAAAAUGCCCCGAUCCGAUCCGUCUUACCCGAUUGAUCAGACCCGUCUUUAGUUUUUCUCUUCCCACCAACAAGAAUUUCUUGAAUAUCAUUAAUCGUUUCAACACACGGAACGGAGCCAGUUUAAACCCAUAAUAAUCAUUUAUCAAAAUUAAGCAAAAUUUCGUUCUUUUCACGCUUUGGUCUCCCAUUGACUCGUAGUAUAGUCAUGGCGAGUGAAACGAUUGCUAAUGGAGUUGCUGCUACUCAUGCACAUCCUGAUCCACGGAGAACUUAUCAGGUGGUUGUUGCCGCUACCCGAGCUAUGGGUAUUGGUAAAGAUGGAAACUUGCCGUGGAGAUUGCCUUCUGACCUUAAGUUCUUUAAGGAUCUUACUAUGACUACUUCUGAUCCAGCCAAAAAGAAUGCAAUCGUAAUGGGAAGAAAAACAUGGGAGAGCUUGCCCUUGAAGCAUAGGCCACUUACUGGUCGCCUAAAUGUUGUUCUCACUCGAUCCGAGAGUUUUGAAAUUGCGACAGGAGGAAAUGUUUUGAUUUGUGGAAGCAUGAUGUCAGCAUUGAAGCUGUUAGCAUCGUCUUCUUAUCGUUCAUCUAUAGAGAAUGUUUUUGUUAUAGGUGGUGGCCAAGUCUUAAGGGAAUCCCUCAAUGCUUCUGAAUGUGAUGCUAUCCACAUUACGGAAAUUGAAACAAAUAUUGACUGUGAUACUUUUAUCCCUGCUAUUGAUGUUCAGAAGUUCCAGCCAUGGUGCUCAUCUUUUCCGAUUGUGGAAAAUGGAAUUCGCCACUGUUUCACCACUUAUGUUCGUGUGAGGAGUUCUGCAGAUGAAGCCCCUACAAAGGUUAAUGGCUCAUCGAAAUUUGACGUGAAGUCAUUUUCUUUCCUGCCCAGAAAAAUAUUCGAGAAACACGAGGAGUACCUUUAUUUGAAACUGGUGGAAGAUAUCAUUUCUAAUGGUGCUUUAAAGAAGGACCGCACACAUACCGGCGCUUUCUCUAAAUUUGGCUGUCAGAUGCGGUUCAACCUAAGAAAAUCUUUCCCCCUUCUUACUACCAAGAAAGUCUUCUGGCGUGGGAUUGUAGAGGAACUUUUAUGGUUCAUUAGUGGUUCAACAAAUGCCAAGGUUUUACAAGACAAGGGCAUUAAUAUAUGGGAUGGCAAUGCAUCCAGAGACUAUCUUGACAGUAUUGGUUUAGUGGAUCGAGAGGAAGGUGACUUGGGACCAGUAUACGGGUUUCAGUGGAGACAUUUCGGUGCAAGUUAUACUAAUAUGCAUGCUGACUACACUGGCCAAGGAUUUGAUCAGUUAUUAGAUGUUAUUAACAAGGUGAAAAAUAAUCCUGAUGAUCGCCGGAUCAUUAUUUCAGCAUGGAAUCCUUCAGCCCUCAAGCAGAUGGCCCUUCCACCUUGUCACAUGUUUGCGCAGUUCUACGUAGCACAAGGAGAGCUAUCUUGUCAAAUGUAUCAACGUUCUGCUGAUAUGGGACUGGGAGUUCCAUUUAACAUAGCAUCAUAUGCAUUGUUGACAUGCAUGAUCGCACACAUUUGUGAUCUUGUUCCUGGUGAUUUUGUUCAUGUUCUUGGUGAUGCUCAUGUCUAUAGCACCCAUGUGAGACCUCUUCAAGAUCAGCUUCAGAAGACGCCCAGGCCUUUUCCAAUUUUAAAGAUCAAUCAACAAAAGAAGGACAUAGAUGGGUUUGUGGCUGAUGAUUUUGAACUCAUAGGAUACGAUCCUCAGCAUAAAAUAGAAAUGAAAAUGGCAGUAUAAAUUAGAGUCUUGCACGUGCAGGUAUGACUUGGCAUAGAGUUUUCGAUAUCAAACGUUUCAGUUGUUGCUUAUGUAGUAUAGACUGAGAACCCAUUGCCCUUGUUUCUUUAAGAAAUUUGGUUUCAGUUUUUAUGUGGGAAUCCUCAAAUUUUCUUGUUGGGAUGAAUUUUCUGGCAAAAAUAUACUUGAUUGAAUGAGUAGGCCAAGAGAUCCGUCCGUACAUAUGGUCACUUGUAAGCAUGAUCGCAAUGCGGAAUUUAGAGUCAUUGUCAAAUGCCUAAGGUGGACUCCAUCAAAUGGCAGUUUUAUAUGGAAGUAGCCCAGAUUGUUUUAAGUAACGAUGUAACAUCAAGUCAUAAGUUUCCAUUCGAUAUA